GUCUCCCCUCUGGGGAUGUUGGGAGUAGUUGCGAUGCUGCUGUUGUAGAGUUCAAAUGGGCCACUUCUCUCAAUCGCAAAGUCAAGACGUCCUGCUGCGAGAACUCGGUGGUUAGAGCUGAACCUGUACAUGGUGGCUGAGUUCGGUAUGGACGGCGAGAAGGAGGGAAUAAAUGGAGGUCUGUAAUAAUGGAUACAUCGUGGUCAAGGCUGUGAUAGCUAUGAAUGAAGGUUUCAGCGGUCGCGCCUUCAGACUAUUAUCCUCGGCCUCGUCAAGUGUGGAAAGAGACCAGCGUGUCGUGACCGCCGGAAUCUUGACAGAUACAGAGACGCACAUGAAAUUUCUGUUUGUUACUGUGUUCUGUACAUGUACUGAGCUCUCCGUAUCCCGGUUCUUACCCAGUUUGUCUUCAACCCUCGACAUCCAAGAUCAACGCCACUACUCUACGAUGUGGUUCCUAGGCCAAUACAGUCCAGCUCUACUUUCAGGAGGGACCCAAAACAAACGAGACUGGCCGUCUGACGCAUAGACCCAACCAUCUAUCAUCUUCGAGCUA